AUGAGAUCACAGCCUUCCUUGAAGACACUCAAGAUCCCCAAGAUUUACACAAAAACAGGAGACAAAGGGUUUUCUGGCACCUUCACUGGAGAGAGAAGGCCCAAAGAUGACCACGUGUUCGAAGCUGUAGGAACCACAGAUGAAUUAAGCUCAGCUAUCGGGUUUGCAAUGGAAUUAAUGGCAGAAAAAGGCCACACAUUUGCCGAAGAGCUUCAGAAAAUCCAGUGCACACUGCAGGAGGUUGGCUCUGCCCUUGCCACACCCCGCUCCUCGGCCAGGGAGGCUCACUCAAAACACACAGCGUUCGGAGAGGAGCCGGCCCUGGAGCUGGAGCAGUGGAUUGACAAGUACUCCAGCCAGCUCCCGCCUCUCACGGCCUUUAUUCUGCCUUCUGGGGGCAGGAACAGCGCCGCACUGCACCUGUGCCGGGCCGUGUGCCGCCGAGCUGAGAGGCGCGUGGUACCUCUUGUCCGCAUGGGAGAGACGGACGUGAACGUGGCCAAGUUCUUAAACAGACUCAGCGACUACCUCUUCACCUUAGCCAGAUACACAGCCAUGAAGGAGGGCGAGACUGAAAAGGUAUAUAAGAAGCCCUGA